ACAGAGAACGGGGUGCUGCUGCCCUCGCUGCAGUCCGCGCUGCCCUUCCUGGACCUGCACGGCACCCCCCGGCUCGAGUUCCACCAGUCAGUCUUCGAUGAGCUGCGGGAGAAGCUGCUGGAGAGGGUCUCUGCCAUCGCUUUGGAGGGGAAGGUCGAGGAGAGAUACAAGAAGCUGGAAGAUCUCCUAGAGAAGAGCUUUUCCCUGGUGAAGAUGCCUUCAAUACAACCUGUGGUCAUGUGUGUCAUGAAGCACUUGCCCAAGGUCCCUGAGAAGAAGCUGAAGUUGGUGAUGGCUGAUAAGGAUCUGUACAAAGCCUGUGCUGUGGAGGUGAAGAGGCAGAUCUGGCAGGAUAACCAGGCCCUGUUUGGGGAUGAGGUGUCACCACUGCUGAAGCAAUACAUCCUGGAGAAGGAGAACAUUCUCUUCAGCAAUGAUAUUUCCUUCUUGCAAAACUUCUUCAGUCCAUCUCCCAAAACAAGGCGCCAAGGAGAGGUGGUGCAGAAGCUGACCCAGAUGAUUGGGAAGAAUGUGAAGCUGUAUGAUAUGGUGCUGCAGUUCCUGAGGACACUGUUCCUCCGGACAAGGAAUGUCCAUUACUGCACUCUGAGGGCAGAGCUCCUCAUGUCACUGCAUGACCUGGAGAUCAGUGAAAUCUGCACUGUUGACCCCUGUCAUAAGUUCACCUGGUGCCUUGAUGCUUGCAUUAGGGAGAAGUUUGUGGACAACAAAAGAGCUCGGGAAUUGCAAGGGUUUCUGGAUGGAGUGAAGAAAGGACAAGAACAAGUGCUGGGGGAUUUAUCAAUGAUCCUGUGUGAUCCCUUUGCCAUUAACACCUUAGCCUUGAGCACCAUCAGGCACCUUCAAGACCUGGUUGGACAGGACACCUUACCCAGGGAAAGCCCAGAUCUGCUGCUGCUUCUUAGGAUGCUGUCCUUGGGACAGGGAGCUUGGGACAUGAUUGACAGUCAAGUCUUCAAGGAGCCGAAAAUGGAAGCUGAGCUGAUCACCAGGUUCCUGCCCCUGCUGAUGUCCUUUGUGGUGGAUGAUCACACGUUCACUGUAGAUCAGAAACUGCCCUCGGAGGAGAAGGGACCAAUUCCCUACCCCAGUGCCAUUCCUGAAGCUUUCACCAAAUUCCUGCAGGAGAACAGAAUAGCUUGUGAGAUUGGGCUGUAUUACAUCCUUCACAUCACUAAACAGAGGAACAAGAAUGCUUUCCUUAGGCUUCUGCCAGCACUAGUUGAGACAUUCAGUGACUUGGCUUUCAGUGACAUUUUCCUGCAUCUGCUCACUGGUAACCUCACACUGCUGGGGGAGGAGUUUGCACUGGAGGAGUUCUGCACCAGUCUCUUCGAUGGCUUCUUCCUCACUGCCUGCUCCAGGAAGGAGAAUGUGCACAGACAUGUGCUGAGGCUGCUCCUGCAUCUUCAUCACAAAGUGGCACCAGCCAAACUAGAAUCUCUGCAGAAGGCUUUGGAGCCCACCAAGCAGAGUGGAGAAGCUGUGAAGGAGCUUUAUAACCAACUGACUGAGAAACUGGAGCUUCGCAAGCCAAGUCCAGCUGAGGUGACUGAGACUCCCUCCAUGGAGCUGCCCUUGCCCACGGUGCCCACACCAGCCUCCCGCUGAGCUGGGGCAGUGGUGCAGGAGUGCCACGGCAGGAUUAACCCAGUGCUCUACAGCCUGAAGCCCUGUGCUGCCUUCCCAGUGUCUCUGCCCACGGGUGCAAACAAAGAAAAGCCACUGAAGCUCCUUCAGGAACACAGCUUGCCCAACUCACUGGCUCUUGCUGGGUAGAAGACUGUAUGCAGUGUACUGCAAAGUUUACUUUUCUUAAACAUAGCUGAGUGUCUUCUUGUAGAUCCACUUGAAAUCUGACUGUACAUUUUUUUUUUUGCAAAAGAAAAUGCAUAUUUUUAA